CGCAGACAGCAAGUAAAGUGCUCUGAUUCAGACGGAAUAAAAGAGUAGCGGGAGAGAGAGAGAGAGGAUGCACCCGACAUCUGUUCGCUCCCCAGCUGCCUGCAUGAGAGAGAGGCUCAGCCGUCUCUGUUUGGGAUCGCUACCAUGAUCAUUCUUUUUUUUUUCAUCCACUUUUUACGCUUACAGUAUACAGUGUUUCAUUAUUAGGACCUUUUUUUUUUUUUUUAUUCUUUUUAAACUUACAAAUGGAUGGAAGUUAUGAUUGUUGCUGCAAACGGGCAUCCUGAUACUUUUUAUGGCGUGGAAAAGGAGGAUAUUUUAUUAUUUUGGCAGAGGAUGAGAGGGUGGUUUGCAGGAGAAGAUAGGGGCGGGAGCCGGCAGGGUGGGGGGUUGUCUCGGUGGUGUGAGGAUUGCGGGCUGUGGUUGGGUAUGCCAGUGCCACGUGUCCACGUUGGCAGAGCCGCUGUUCACACAGAGGAUGUGGAAUUGAGAGCCUGGUGCGCCUGUUCAGUUCCACAGGCCAAAGGUGGGGGUGUGCUUUAUUGAAAAGGAUCUGUCAUCAGACUAGACCGGCCUUUUCAGAAGACAGAAGUGGACGCUGUGCUUAGGACUCAUCAUUUUUUUUUUGUUUCCUGCUUAAACGAGCAUGUUUCCAUUUCUGUCUCUCUGCUCCAUCAUUUGGUUGAACCGAGGAAUCAAGCUGAGGAAAGUCCUUUGCGCUGCCAACACUGGCCAGAUCUAGGCUCGUUUACUUCCUGCUAGCCGCCUGCCCUGCCUCAGCAACGGCCACAAUGCUCCUGAGCUUCGGCUGAUUGGAAAACACACCACCAGACACAGAUAGCAGCCGCGCCACCAUCGCCUACAGCUCAUCAGCUUUGGUCAGGCUCCUGUGUGCAGUUGGCCUUUGCAAUUGUUUUGGCAUUGUUUUUGUCAUAUCUUUUUGAAGAAACAAACACAAGCAAGCCCACGUGGUGAGUAAAAUGGAGGCAGAUGGGUUCCAGUACCGUUGUCUGUUUGUGUACAAGAAAGAGCGGGAGGAAGACAUUGACCUAAAGCCCGAUGACAUCCUGACUGUGGACAAGGCCUCUCUGCUGUCGCUUAGCAUCCAAGAGGGAGACGAACAGCAUCCUGAGCGUAUCGGCUGGAUCCUGGGGUACAACGAGCGCACCAAGCAGAGAGGGGAUUUCCCCGGGACCUAUGUGCAGUAUGUCGGACCUGUGAAAAUGACUCUGCCUCCCAGCCAUCCACGCUCCCAAAGGCCUCUCCCACCGGCCCCCAGGCCUGAGCCAGCCCACACACAGCCAGCACCCUCUCCCCAAGACCUGACGGGACAGUUAGCACCCCCGGACACUGCUCCUGCUCCGCUAAUAAAACUGGUGGAGGCCAUCGAGAGGACGGGUCUAGACUGCAAGACACUGUACAGGACCUCCACUUCCUCUACCACUGAUGGUCAGACAGCUCCUACAGCCACCCUCAACAGUGAGUCGCUGGAGCCGGACAUGGGGCAGUGGGACACCGAUGCGCUCGCGGCGGCCGUGGUCCGGUACCUGCAGGAGCUUCCCUCCCCGGUCGUCCCCUCGGCGGUCUGCGCGGAGCUUCUGGCGGCGGUGCAGCGCGGAGCCGACGGCGCUCCAGCGGAGGGGAGGGGGCCGCUGCGGGAGCUGCUGGAGGGGCCGGCGCUGCCCCUGCACAACCGCCUGACUCUGCACUAUCUGCUCCGGCACCUGGACAAGGUGGCCCAGCACUCCGACAGCAACGGGCUGGGUCCGCACACACUCGGACAGAUCUUUGGCCCUCUGCUCAUCGGAGGCUCAGACACACCGUCGGAGGCCGACACAGAACUCUUUGCACUUGUGCUGGAGAGACUUCUUUUGGAGAGGGUUUGGGAGCAGGAGCCACUUCCCCCAGCUCUUCCCCCCAAACCUGCCAAAGCCAAAAGUGCCUCUACCCCUGUUGUAAAUGGAAGCAACAUUACUCUGAGUGAUGCAGAAUGGUACUGGGGAGACAUCUCCAGAGAGGAGGUGAAUGACAAAAUGAGAGACACCCCUGAUGGUACAUUCUUAGUUCGGGACGCCUCAAGCAAAGUAAGAGGAGAAUACACACUAACCCUGAGGAAAGGGGGAAACAAUAAGCUGAUCAAGAUAUUUCAUCGAGCAGGAAAGUACGGCUUUUCUGAGCCCCUCACCUUCAACACCGUGGUGGAAUUAAUCAACCACUAUCGCCAUGAGUCUCUUGCCCAGUACAAUGCCAAACUGGAUUCACGGCUGCUAUUUCCCAUAUCAAAAUACCAGCAGGAGCAGCUAGUGAAGGAGGACAGUGUGGAGGCAGUGGGCGAGCAGCUGAAGGUCUACCAUGAGCAGUAUCAGGAGAAGAGCCGCGAGUACGACAUCCUGUAUGAGGAGUACACGCGCACCUCACAGGAGCUUCAGAUGAAGCGUACAGCCAUUGAGGCCUUCAACGAAACCAUCAAAAUCUUUGAGGAACAGUGUGAGACCCAAGAGCGCUUCAGCAGAGAGACCAUCGAGAAGCUGAUGCGUGACGGCAAUGAGAAGGAGAUCCAAAGAAUUCAGAGCAACUCUGAGAAACUGAAGUCCAGAGUGACAGAGAUUCAUGAGAGCAAGAUGAAGCUGGAGCAGGACCUGAAGAAACAGGCGACGGACUACCGUGAGAUCGACAAGAAGAUGAACAGCCUGAAGCCUGACCUGAUGCAGUUGAGGAAGCUGCGGGACCAGUACCUGGUUUGGCUCACGCAGAAAGGCGCAAGACAGAGGAGGAUCAACGAGUGGCUUGGGAUCAGGAAUGAAACUGAGGACUUUUACUCGUUGGUGGACGACGAGGACGACCAGUCUCACCAGGAUGAGCGCACCUGGUAUGUGGGGGACAUCAAACGUUCGUACGCUGAAGAGCUGCUUCGGGGCAAGCGUGACGGAACCUUCCUGAUCCGCGAGAGUCAGACGCAGAAGGGCUCGCUCGCCUGCUCAGUUGUGAUGGACGGUGAGGUGAAACACUGCGUGAUUUACAAGACUGCUACGGGCUACGGGUUCGCCGAGCCUUACAACCUGUACAGCUCCCUCAGAAACCUGGUGCUUCACUACAGGCACACCUCCCUCGUCCAGCACAACGACUCGCUGAAUGUAACACUCGCCUACCCAGUGCUUGCGCCACCGCCAAGAUGAACACGGUACCCAGCAGCGGAGAGGGGUGGCGCACACAAGCAUGGCAAAGUGCACAGUGAUUCAGUAGCUAAGAGUUCAUAGCAAAAUCUCUUACGUUGGCAAAGAAAUAGUGACAAAGCACAAAAGAAAAUCUGAACGUAGGUAUCUGUAGACAAAAAGAGAGAGUGAGCGAAUGUGAAGAUAAAUGUGUGGCUUUUAUUCCAGCCCGUCGUGUUCUAUAUUAGACAAAAGCAGCCGCGGCAAUAAUCCUAGCAUGUGUGCUGGCUGAGGUACUCUGUUGUCAUAGAAAAUACAGUUGCAGGCAUUUUUUUUUUUUUUUUUUCACAGAGAGAGAACUGUAGUCAUACAGUAUGUUACUUCUUCCGAAAGACUGACAGAGUUCUAUGUCUUGUUGUGCUCCGUCUUGGGGCUUUUUUUUUGUUUUCCUAUUCCGUAAAAGCUUGAUUAUGUGCCAUUAAGCUAGACUUGACUUACUAUGUGAAUGGAAUGGACAUGGAUGGGACAGUUUGGUGAAUGGAUGAGACUGAGGAGAAGAGAGUGCUGCAGCUUUAGAAUGAAAUGUGUAUUUGAACUCUGACACUGCUGUGGGUUUUUGAGUGUGUGCAUAUGUGUGUGUCUGUGAACACACCGGUUGAUACAUGUGAUGUUUUUGGUUCACCUUAGUAGUGGACUCCUUACACGUGAUUUUAUGAAGAUGUGAAAAGGGUGAAUGACAGUAGUUUCACAUGUCUCGACCAACACCCCCCCCCCCCCACCCACCCACCUUUUUAAUAUGCGUAUAAUCUAACGCUACUCAAACAAAUGCCGCCAUAUUUUGUAGAUAUCCAUUCAUUUGUGUUAAAUACCCUCAGAGGAUGUUUUUGUUUAUUUAGGUCUACCGCCUAGUAGCUUUGCAUGACCACGGUAACGGGCAGUUUUUUUAAAAAAACAUCAUGAGAAGUGUCAUCCUAUUCUAAUAUUCUUAAGAUUUAACAAAAAUCUUAGAGCACUCUGCUGAAACUUGUUUAGCAGGCACAAAAUGGCUUUCAAUAGUUCUUCUAAACCCUGCUGUGUUGCACCCUCCCCCAAGAUUUGACGGAAAUACAAUAAGUAUUACCACUGGUCGAAGAGUCCCUGUGACAAAGUGUGCUGUGCCUAUUUUGGAUUUAAGGUAUUCUCCUUGGAUUACGUUUGUGGCCAGGAAAGUCUAGUCUCUCAGUCAAAGAGGGUACACAACACAGGUUGAUCUCAACUUUGUUGCAGUAGGUGGCCUGUCUUGAUCUGUGUUGAGUUAUUUGAAAAUACAGAAUAUCAGUUUUUUAGAACUAUUGAGGUUAAUUUAUAAGACAUGUGAAAGUUUGAGUUAAGAAUAGUCAUCUAAUGACCAUUUUGGUGCUUAAUACAGGACGGGUGUUAAAAAUACUUGUCCUCAAAAAUAAGAUUUCUUCUUAAAUAUUGCAGCACUUUUGGUAAAUAAAUGUCUAAUUUAGAAUAAUGGUAAUAAACAGACUAAAAUACCUGAUUGAGGUAGUUUAGUCAAAUCUGCAUAGAAUUUGAUCAUUUUAUUUGCCUGGAGGCCUGAGCAAGUGAUUAGGGCUGAGAGAAAGUGAGAUAUUCAUAAAGUGCCUUGAGCCUUUGUACAGUCUCAGAGAAAAAAGUCUCGAGGCGUAGUUCAUGACUUUGUAUGUGGGUUUUGUUUUAGAGAUUUUUGAAGGGAUAUACUGUAGGUGUGGUCACUGUUACUUGUUGUUACUGAGAGCACUAUGCCAAUUUACCCUCCUUAUUUUGAAAUACAUGACUCAGGGUCAUGGGGUUGUCAUGACUGCCUAAAUCAGCACCCGCAGUUUCCUUUAUGGUAACAUUCACCUGACAGACUGUAGAUGUGAACUACCAGCCCAAAGCCAAUGUUUUUUUUGAUGGAAUUCAAAGCCUUUUUGAAACAAUCAAGAGACAUAUAAUGUGUAUGAAGCUACACAGGCACCCGAGGGCCCACGGAUGUUCACAAGCAUACACAAAGCCAAAUACCAUCUACCUAACCACAGCAAUUUUCCCUCUCCUUAUAACCUGUAAUGGUGAGAAUAGAAAUUUAAGCAAUAAAAACAAUUAAUUUUUUAGAUUAGUUUUUUUUUUUUGUCAUAAAAAAGCUGCCUUGCUAAAAUAAUAAGAAAACACUUAAGUAUUGUGAGGAAUCUACAGUAAGCCUUAACACGUAUCUCUUUGCAUGUGUGAUUUGAAAGGAAAUCAUUUUGGAAGCUUGUUGAUUGGUACUAGGAAAGAUUUUAAGCCGUGAAUCCUUUGAAUGCACUACAAAGCACAGUUUUAACUAACUGAAGUUUAGAGGUUUCUUUUUUAUUACUUAUUAUGUACAGUAUAUAACAUGAUUGUUAUCCUUGAGAGAUACACAUUUUGGUGGUUUGGCUGACCAAUGGCUCUUUAUCAUAAGAUGAAUAUAUCUAUAUGUUUUUUUUUUCUCUCCAUGGAUGGCACCAGGAAGGAUCUCAGAUGGAGAAGUCAACCUAUGUUACAUCUGUGUUUUACUGAAAUCUCCACAGGUCCGAAAAUAAGCUAGUCAGAUGUUUUUCCCACUUGUACAUUUACAAAAUGUUUACAUCUAAAGAACCAAAUAGCAGAUGUGUUUCGAAGUCAGUUUACCUGUUGAGAUACAAAUUGUUGAUUAUUCUGGUGUCUUUGUUUUAUUAAACUUGAACUGUCUUUUUUAAUCUUGUCUGUGUUCUCAGUGUUCCCGUGGUGCAACCUCUCAGCACAGUAAAACAUUUGAAACAAAUACAAACAAACUGUUGUGUCUGUAUGAACUGAAACAACAAAAUUAAACAACAAAUUACCU